AUGUCGGCGCUGCAGCCCGACGCAUACGCGCUGCUCGAAGAGGCCCUCGCCCGCCCGCCGAAGCGUCCCGCCCGCCCGCACGAGUCGCGCCGCAGCGACAGCUAUCGCCAGUACCUUCCGGCCGCCGUCCCGCUCCAGCUGCAGCACGACGGCUCGCAGUCGGAGGAUGACACGGGCUCGCCCGCCAGUAGCCAGCAGAGCAGCCGGCAGAGCAGCCAGCAGAGCACCCCGCUGGCAUCGCCGGUUAUCGUCCACGGCGCAGACAGCCACGGCCUGCCGCCCACGCCGCCGAGCAUCUCGCGCGACGGCCCCUCGGCCAUGUCGCGCGAGCUGCCGCCCACCCGCAACAGCCUGACCGGCUCCAUCGCCUCGCACCAGUCUGCCCUCGGCGCCCCCGGCGCCCCCGGCGCCCCCGGUGCCCUCAGCACCCCCGUCAACGCGCGCAGCCCGCCCACGCCCGAUCCGAGCCCCCCACGCCCCGCCGCCUCGCACACCCUCUCCGUCGACCGCCCGCCGCUCUUGGCCUACCCGUCGUCGAGGGCCGAGUCCUUCACCACAGCGAGAGAAGACCUGUCGUCGGACCCCAGCAACAGUCGCUCUGCCACGCCCGUCAUCGACCGCCUGCGCACCGUCGAGGAGGACCGCGGCCUGGGCCUGGCCUUUGAGAAGGACGACAGCGAUGCCACGCCCACGGAGAAGCCGCGGCUGCACGACGAUGCGGAUACCGUCGCUGGCGCCGAAGAAGACCAGUACUUUCCUGUCGUGGUCCGACUGCCAGAGCGCGAGUGGAACACGGACCUGAUGAGGAACGUGACAGUCCGACGGAGACGCAACCAGGACUCGCUCUCGUCCCACGCCAGCCCGCCCGCGCCUGUCGACACGGCAGCAUCCAUCGAGAUCUUUGCACAGUCCAUUGGCUGGCCCGCCCAAGUCCACCCCCCGCUUGAAGAGCCCCUCCACGACAGCAAGAGCAAGCGCAUGUCGACGGCGUCCGUAGCCUCGACCAUUGUUGCUGCGGUCGUCAUCGCCACACCUCCACAGCGGCAACGCAAGCUCCGCCAUUCCGCCAAGAACAUGGCUCUGCGGAGAGAGUCGGCGUCUCCCCUCAGCCGUGUGUCAGCUACUCGUCCGGACCGCGAUUCCAUGGCAUCAGAGGACGUGCCAUUGCACAGGCUGGUGCACAAGAAGGUCACUCUUGCCGACAGGAGCAAGCGCUUCAGCACAGACUCGGAGACUCUCGGUGCAUUGAGCUCUGUGGGCACGGCACCUCGCAACGCCUCUCCCUUCUCUGUGCGCAGCAGUCGCACCAUUGACAGCUCGGCAUACACGCUCGCCCAUCAGGAGUCUGUGCGUAGGAUCCUGCAGCCCGCAGCUGAUAUACUCAGCAGAUCAAACUCCCAGAGGCAGCCUGACAGGAGCCCGCGUAUGCGCACAUCCUCGGCGCCCGAGUCUGCGAGAACAGCCGCCGGCCCUGCUAGGACCAGACACAUUGUCGAAUUGUCGCCUCCCCAAAGUCCACAGCGCGCCACCGCUCUGCCCACCCGCUCACCCGUCAUGUCCACCCGCUCACCCGUCAUGCCCACCCGCUCACCCCUGCCGUACUCGUCUCCUGUGUCGGCUGGCGUCAGCCGUCGGCGAGUAGUCUCAGACUCCAGUCGCCCUGGUGACCUUGACAAGCCCCUACCUCGGAACCCGAUGGAACAUGUUCUCGAGUCCGCUCACCAGAGACUCAGCGUGUAUGAUGAGAACCCCAAAGAUGAGGCGCCGCCGCUGGCCCUCCUCGACCGUGUACGUCUGCUCGUCGCCGAGCGUGAGGCUCAAGACGAGGUUGUGCCUACGCCGACAGUUGAUCAGACGCCAGCCUCACCUGGGCGUCAGCAGUCCAUGUCGUCACCCAGCCAGCUGUCACCCAGCCAGUUGUCACCUCCAGUACGUAGAGGGUCGCGGUCGUCGAGAGCGAGAUCCGAGGAGCGUCGCCGAAGCUCCCUCAGCCAGGAUCGUACAUCGCCGCUCCAGGAUCCACAGCUUCGACACAGCUACGAUCGAGGCACCCCUGAAGACUUUUCCCGCCGGAGCUACGAUUGGCAAAGGAGAACGCCCGACGAGCAUCGCCGCAUCAGCUUCGACAGGUCCACAGGGCGGACAGAGGAGCACGCCAACGCCCGACAUCUCUAUUCGCAAUCGACUCCCUUUUCACAAUUCUCCGACACACCUGCCGAGGUCAGCGAGGCCACCGCCGUCAGCAUCUUCCCUCACAAUAACAACUCUCUCGUCGUGGUGCAACAGCCUUCGCGUGUCAAUUCGAUGGUGCCUGAGCACAAGCAGUCGACGGACGAGGCCUACUUUGAUUCGCAGGACGGUGUGCAAUUCCGUCAAGAAGUCAUCCGGACGCCCACACCACCAUUCGUCGAUGCCAUGGAGGGUGCUCAAGAAUCACCGCAAGUGUUCCACACACCUCAGCAACCGACCCUCACGUUCGAGCCGUCGACUCCGCCAAUGCAGAUUGACCUACCCCAACCUGAUGGUGUGGACUCUCCACUGCAGAACCCUCGUUCUGCGCCGGAGCCCCCUAAGAUCAUGUUCAUACCACCGACUCCGGCUGAAGAGCUCGAGCGCACGCUCGAAGUUGGCCCGCCAGGUCCGCCGAAGCGUUCUGACUCGCACCCACAACGUCGCCUCUCGCUAGUCCAGCGUGCGCGUCGCUACUCAGACAACUUCAUCUCGCCGUUCUUGACUCGAGCAUCAAGCAACCGCGGCCGCCACUACAGCGAAUCACACGCACGCUCUCAGUCCUCCCAUCGCAACCCCGAGGUUCCUACUGUCAACGACGAGGACGGAACCCUCCAUCCCUUCUGGCGACCGCGCGGCUUCUGGGACGGCUUCGAAGACAGCGACUCUGACGACGAAGACAACGUCCUCCCAACCGGCGGCGACACAAGCGACAUUGAAGACCCUGGUCCGGAGCCGUACCCACGGCGCCGCAACACCCUGCGCAAGCGACUCACAAACGGCAUCCAAGGCUCCGGCGGCUUCCUAAUCGGCAACUCACUCGGCGUCGAAAGACACGGCACCAACCGCCGCCGCCAUCACGUCACACUACCGACAACAAGCCGGCACGCAUCCUCGCCCCGCAUCCUCAUGGAAUCUUCUCGGUCCCCCCGAUCCUCAAGCAGCGGAAUUCGCAAGCGCGGAUCACAGCCUAGUCUCCGCUCCUCAGCUUCCUUUGAGCAUCCCGGCGCGAAUCGGCGCCAGUCUUGGCGCAAGGGCAGGGCGAUUCCGGGGUUGAAGGGCUACCAAGUGCAAUACAUCGGGGUCAGCGGGAUCAAAGACCGAUUGAAGGAGCGCACGGCGGAGAAGCGGAGAGACAAGAUCCGCAAGAGUAUCGGGAGCAGGUAUUACAUCGAGCCGAAUGAUGUUGGCGGAGGUGGUGCCAUGGGGCCCCACUGA